UCAUUAGUAUCACGCCAUCUUACAUUUUAUGUGUCAUACUAUUGUAAACCAUACUCGUCGUUGACGUAAAUUUGUGGAAUUUUUCGUAGCCGGGUAUAAUUGCGUGUGUUUUUUUGUCUUUUUUUUUUCUUUACGUUGAUUUCUAGCAUUUAUAAUACGUAAAUAUGGAUGGAGUCGGGAAUUCUACAGAAGUUGAAAUUGGUGGACCACGGAAUAUGCAGCAGGCAGCAUCUAGCAAAAAGCUGCAGCAAACACAAGCUGAGAUUAACGAAGUGGUGGGAAUAAUGAAAGUUAAUGUAGAGAGAGUAUUGGAGAGAGAUCAAAAAUUGUCAGAGCUUGAAAAUCGAGCUGAUGCAUUACAACAAGGUGCUACACAGUUUGAACAACAAGCUGGUAAACUUAAAAGAAAAUAUUGGUGGAAAAACCUUAAGAUGAUGAUCAUCAUUGGUAUUAUAUGUGUUGUGAUCUUGAUCAUUAUUAUAUACUCAGCUGUACCGAAUUCUUCAGAAUCAGAACAUUCUAAUACAUCUGAAGGCUCAUAAUGUUGUUUAAGGGUAACAUAACUUAUCAUAUUUGUCGAAUAUCCGAAUAUUUGAAUUAUACUAUUAAUGAAGUUUAUCUGACAAGAAUAUGUACAGGUUAUAAUGAUAGAACAAAUUUCAAUGUAAAUCUAAUGUAUGAACUGGUUUAUAACACAAUUCAGGGAUAAAAAUGAUACACAUAUUUUUGAGACUUAAUCUAUAUGAUCGCACAAAUUGUAUAUUAAAUACAGUAUUAAUAUGGGUGGCCUUUUUAAAAAUAAUAUCAAUGUUAAAAGAUACUGAAGUGUUUUAUGUCGUUGCAAUGCUUAUUGUAUGUUUAUCGAGGAUAUAUAAUAUAUAAUGUUUAUACUCUUUU